ACCAAACAUUCAUCUGUAUCUUGCUCAAAAAAGUUACCUACCUUUAACCACCACACACCCAUACACAUACACUCUUCAUUUGUUAACCGUGAAGUGUUUAAUAAUAUCUUUCCAUUAAAAUCUAAAACCAAUUAAGCAUCCUAAAACAAAAAAAUGGAACCGAAACUGGCCAAAUCAGGGUCCUUCCGUCACAGUUUCAUGGAGAAGAAGGAGAGGCUUCUCUCCAUGAAGGGUGAUGGCUAUUCCCAUAUAGGGAUUGCCAUGGCCGAGGAAGAGCAACCGAAGACGGUUAAGUGGUGGAAGAAGGUGCAGCACGUUGCAGGGAAGGCUUGGGAGAUGGGUCGCUCUGACCCAAGGAAGAUUAUCUUCUCUGCAAAAAUGGGUCUUGCUUUGACACUUAUUUCCCUUUUGAUUUUCCUCAAAGAACCCUUCAAGGAUGUGAGCAGCUACUCUGUCUGGGCUAUUAUAACUGUGGUCGUCGUCUUUGAAUUUAGUAUAGGGGCAACUCUUAGCAAGGGGUUUAACAGAGGAUUGGGGACCUUGUCAGCAGGAGGACUUGCUCUGGGAACAGCAAAGUUAUCAGCUUUGGCUGGAGAAUGGGAAGAACUUAUAAUUAUUAUUAGCAUCUUCAUUGCAGGAUUUUGUGCCACCUAUGCAAAACAAUACCCGACUUUGCAGCCUUAUGAAUAUGGGUUCCGUGUGUUCUUGAUCACGUAUUGCUUCGUUACAGUAUCUGGGUAUCGAACAGGGGAAUUUGCUGAUACUGCUAUAAAAAGAUUUUUGCUCAUUGCACUUGGUGCUGCUGUGUCUUUGGGAGUAAAUAUCUGUAUAUAUCCAAUAUGGGCUGGUGAGGAUCUGCAUAAUCUUGUGAUAAAAAAUUUCAUGGGGGUUGCAACAUCUUUGGAAGGUGUUGUCAAUAACUACCUUAAUUGUGUUGAAUAUAAGAAGGUGCCAUCUAAAAUUCUUACUUACCAAGCUGCUGACGACCCAGUUUACAGUGGAUACAGAUCGGCUGUUGAAUCUACAAGCAAAGAGGAUUCAUUGAUGGGGUUUGCUGUCUGGGAACCACCUCAUGGUCAUUACAAAAGGCUCAAAUAUCCAUGGAAGAAUUAUGUGAAAGUGAGUGGGGCUCUAAGGCAUUGUGCAUUUAUGGUCAUGGCUAUGCAUGGAUGCAUACUUUCUGAAAUCCAGGCCCCAGCUGAGAAGAGAUAUGUUUUUCGUAGUGAGCUUCUGAGGGUAGGUUCUGAAGGGGCAAAAGUGUUACGUGAACUUGGAAACAAAGUUAAAAAGAUGGAGAAACUAGGUCGAGGAGACUUGUUGUACGAAGUACACGAGGCAGUGGAACAAUUGCAACUGAAGAUUGAUAAAAAAUCUUACCUUCUUGUAAAUUCAGAGAGCUGGGAAAUUGGAAACCGGCCAAGAGAGGAGGAAGGUGAUCCUCAAGAUGAGGAAAGAAAAUUUCUCGAGUAUAAGUCUCUUAGUGAAGCUGUACUUGAUCUCAGAUCAGUUAAUGUUCCAAAAAGUUGGGAUGAAAACUUAAUUCCAGACUAUAACACUGCUUUGCCUGCCGCUGUUUCCUCUGAAAACAUGUUCAAGAAACAGAUAUCUUGGCCUACUCCUAUUUACCAUAAAGAGGAUGCUGUGGCAAAAGAGGAAGAAUCAAAAACUUUUGAAAGUGCUAGUGCACUAUCUCUAACGACAUUUACAUCGCUUCUGAUUGAAUUUGUGGCAAGGCUUCAAAACCUAGUGGAUUCAUUUGAAGAGUUAGGUGAAAAAGCAAACUUUAUGGAUCCUCUCGAGCAACAAGCACCAGUAACAUCUCGUGGGUUCUGGACCAGAUUGUUUACCUUCUUGAAAUUCAAGGAUUGAAAUAGAAGGGGAUAAAUUUUUUGUCACUACACCCACUUAAAUAACGGUACAUGGACUCACCUAAGUGUAACUAUACUCAUUUUCUUAACAACUUUAUUUCUAAUGUCACCUAAGUCGAUGUGUUAUAGAUUAAGUGGGUAUAGUAUGAACUAUGACUAAAAAUUUAUCCCUUGGGAAGCUGCUAACUCCAUCUUCCUCCUUUGUUUAUGGGUUGAAAGGGCUGAUUGACCGUUUAAGGGUCAUUUUAGUCUUUCCCUAAUCUGAAUAAUGUAACAUUUUUUAGUCUUCUUUUGUAAAUCUAAUAAUAUAUAUACAACACCUUUCAAGUUUAGGUGUGUGUACGAUACGAGAAAAACUAUUCUCAUG